AAUUUUUUUAUUUGUCUCAUCAAUUUUCAUUCAUUAUAAUUGUAAAAAAAAUUUUAUUUAGUUUUAAUAAUAAUCAUCACGAUGUUAAUGUCACAGGAUUUAAUCGACAUUUUUGGUGAAUUAAAUUGUCCACUGAUCAAUGAUAUCGAUUUGGAUAGCCUGUCAUUGAUUGAUUUCGCCCGUUUAUUGAAUUGGAUCUCAUUACAAUUGAAUUUUUUCUCCAAAACUGAUUCACUUGUCAAUCUUAUUAAAGAUGAAUCAGAUUUGGAUUCAUUGAGAAUUGAACUAAAUUCAUUGCUUAGUGAACUUGGUUCAAUUCAUAUGAACACCAGUGUUGAUGAUGUUGCCAAUCGACAUAUGAUUCUACAUAGUUUGGCCGGUGAUUUACUCGCUGCACGUGCUAAUUAUGUAAAAAAAUUUGAUGAAAAUCUUGACGUUUUUACGGAUAGAUUGAAUCCAAAGAAUGAUAUGCAAAUCAUCAACAAUUGUCUAUCGAUACCGAAAACACCAAAUCAAACAAAAGAUAUUAAAACUUAUUUUCAAACCGUACGACAACGGCUGGAUAAAAGUCCAUUAAAAUAUCAAGAUGAAGAUAGUCUACUGUUACCAAAUAAUGCUCGUCUUACAACGACUCAAUGGGCCGAAUUAAAACUACUGAAUGAACAAUUGGCUAAUGAAUAUGCAUUACGUCGCGAAAUGUUAUUACGUCGUGCCGAUAUGACUGUUGGAUCAUUUUACUGGAACCGUGAAAAAACGGGCGAUACCGAUGAAAAGAUUAUAAAACAAAUUUAUCAGGAAAAACGUAAAGGCUGGUCAUCGAAGCCACAAGUAACCUUAUCGCAUGCAUUAGCUGCUCGAAAUUCUGAUUGUGAUUCUUUGAUCAACAAACGAAUCAGUGUUAGUCAUGCUAAUUGUAUUAUUGAAGCAAAACAAAUCGGAAAAGCGAAUACCGGCCUACAACAACGCCUACAAUUACAUAAAUUCCUAAUCGGUGCCGUACCUGAUCGUGGUGGUCGCCCGUAUGAAAAACCACCACCACCCAAAGAAACAUUUUCACAACAACAAUCACAACGAGAAAAUCGUGGUGGACGUGGUGGUGGUGGUGGGCAUCGAGGUGGCAGAGGAGGAAAUCGUGGUGGCCACGAUGAUAAUCGAAGACAACAACAAACUUAUAAUAAUACUAAUCAAUACAAUCAGAACCAGAAUCGAUAUAAUGAUAAUUAUGGUGGUGGUCGAAUACAGAAUGCUGGCUGGCAGCAGCAGCAGCAGCAACAACAACAAGGUGGAUAUUAUCAAGAUAAUCGAAAUUAUGAUGAUCAACGUGGUGGUAACAGCUAUCAUCAUCAUCAUUAUCGUGGUGGCGGAAGAGAUGGCUAUCACCGUGGUGGUGGUGGUGGUGGUGGUUAUCAUCGAGCAGGUGGAAGAAGUGGUGGUCGAUAUUAGCUAUAUUUUAUUGUUUCAUUCAUUCUGAAAUAAUUGAUUUAAUAAAAAAAAAACUCGUAUAA